AUGUCCGGCCGGCAGCCCGCCAGCCAGCGGGACACGGCCGUCGAGAGUGUAUCGAUGGAGAGCGAACCUCCUGUCGGCACGUUUGUCUCUUUGAUUUGUAGUGGCGAGUCGUCCGCGGUCUACAUCCACACUUUGUUCCAAGGAUUCUUCGCUGGUUGCGCGUCUUGUACGGCUCAUUAUGUAUUUACGGAGCAGUGCCUUCCUGCCCGUGAGUAA